UAGCAAUUUAGCAAGGCCGCCGUCUAGCAAAUAGCAAUGCUACUAAAGUGAACUGCAACCCAAACCGUAUUCCGACGCCCUGCUUUGCUCUUGUUUCAGCAACUCUCUCUCUGCCUCCGAAGAACAGCAAACAGAAGAAGAGCAAAAAAUGGGGAAGAAGCAGAAGAAACCAGGAAAAGGUAAGGAAAAAACUGAGAAGAAAACAAUGAAAGCAGAGGAGAAAAAAGCUCGCCGUGAGACUAAGAAGCUUUCUCCUGAAGAUGACAUUGACGCCAUUUUGUUAAGUAUACAGAAAGAGGAGGCUAAGAAGAAGGAAGUUCAUGUUGAGGAAAAUGUGCCUGCGCCAUCGGCCCGGUCCAAUGGCUCGAUGAAUAUAAAUCCAUUAAAAGAGACGGAGUUGAUCUUUUAUGGUGGUGAAUUCUACAAUGGCAAUAAGACGUUUGUUUAUGGUGAUCUUUAUCGUUAUGAUGUCGAAAAGCAAGAUUGGAAAUUGGUAUCAAGCCCUAACAGCCCUCCACCUCGUAGUGCUCAUCAAGCUGUUGCUUGGAAGAAUUACCUCUAUAUCUUUGGAGGUGAAUUCACAUCACCAAAUCAGGAGAGAUUUCAUCACUACAAAGAUUUUUGGGUAUUAGACCUCAAGACAAAUCAAUGGGAGCAAUUGAAUUACAAGGGAGCUCCAAGUCCGCGGUCUGGCCAUCGGAUGGUUCUGUACAAGCACAAAAUCAUAGUGUUUGGUGGAUUUUAUGACACUCUUAGAGAAGUAAGGUACCUUAAUGAUUUGCAUGUAUUUGACCUGGAUCAAUUUAAGUGGCAAGAAAUAAAGCCUCGACCUGGGUGCAUGUGGCCCAGUGCGAGGAGUGGUUUCCAGCUUGCUGUAUAUCAAGACGAGAUAUUUUUGUACGGAGGUUAUUUCAAAGAAGUUUCGUCGGAUAAAAACAGCUCUGAAAAGGGAGUAGUUCACUCUGACAUGUGGUCUUUAGACCCGAGAACCUGGGAAUGGAACAAGGUAAAGAAAAGUGGGAUGCCCCCAGGACUUCGUGCUGGUUUUUCUAUGUGUGUGCACAAGAAAAGAGCUGUACUUUUUGGAGGAGUGGUAGAUAUGGAAGCUGGUGGUGAUGUGAUGAUGAGUCUAUUUCUAAAUGAGCUAUACGGUUUCCAAUUGGACAAUCACCGCUGGUACCCGCUGGAGAUCCGGAAGGAAAAGUCCAGCAAAGAUAAGUUGAAAAAAAUGGCUGAUGAGAAACUUAAUAAAUCUUUACCUGAAAACAAGGAUAGCUCCUCAGAUAUAGAUAUCGGUGAAGCAAAUAGAGUUAAUGCAGCUAUGGAAGACCAAGAAGCAGGAAAUGAUUUGGAGGAGAGCGUUGGUGAGAUGUCUCUCGAGACAGACAAUAUUAGCAGCAGUGGAAGGUUGGGCUCAAAAAAUGAUAGGAGGUCCAAUGAACCUGGCACCAGCAAGGAAUCACUAAAUAUUGCUUUACCAGAGGUUAUCAAGCCUUGUGGACGCAUCAAUGCGUGCAUGACUGUUGGAAGAGAUACCUUAUAUUUGUAUGGAGGCAUGAUGGAGGUCAAAGAUCGUGAAAUUACACUCGAUGAUCUUUACACACUCAAUCUCAGCAAACUGGAUGAAUGGAAGUGCAUAAUACCAGCUUCUGAAUCUGAAUGGGUUGAAGCUUCGGAGGAUGAAGAUGAAGACGAGGAUGAGGAGGAUGAAGAUGAUGAUAGUGAAGAUGGUGAAAGCAGCGAAGAGGACACUGAUGAUGAUGAUGAUGAUGUAAUGGAGGCUGUGGAUGCUGAUGGAAAGUCGCGUCAAGUUGGAGACGCUGUUGCUUUAAUAAAAGGAGAAGGAAAGACUCUCCGGAGGAAGGAAAAACGAGCAAGAAUAGAUCAGAUCAGAGCUAGUCUUGGCCUAUCAGAUUCAAUGAGAACACCAGUGCCUGGUGAGUCAUUGAGGGACUUCUAUAAGCGCACCAAUAUGUACUGGCAAAUGGCAGCAUAUGAACACACUCAACAUACUGGCAAGGAGCUCCGGAAAGAUGGUUUUGAUUUUGCUGAAGCUCGGUAUAGGGAGCUCAAACCGAUUUUGGACGAGCUGGCUGUGUUAGAGGAGGAACAGAAGGCAGUAGAGCAGGAAGCGGCUGAAACAAGCUCUAAAAGAGUAGGCAACAAGAAAAACAGACAUUCAUCCUCACAAAAAUAAUCCUUGGGUAUGCACAUCUUGAAGAAUCAAGUGUUUUCCUUCCCAUUUGUGAGUUGUCCAUAAACAAAAUUUUGACUCAUCCCUUUUACUUGUUUGUUUCCUUGUAAAAGUCGCUCAAAAUUAGUUACUCCGCAGUUUUCUGCGAAGUGUAUCAUUAUCAUUGUUAUCACACUUCCAUAUCUAUCUUAGAAAUCUACUAGCCAGUGACGCGGCCUCCAUACCUUUGUAAACAUGCCUAUAUAAGGUGAAAUUGUUUUUUCCAUGUGCUGUUUUAUUUUAGGUGA